AUGACCGUGCGUGCUCUUCACUACGUUUUCAAAAUCCCUAACCGCAGUGAGGCAGUGAAGUUUUACAAGCAAAUUCUUGGUAUGAAGGUUCUUCGCCAUGAGGAGUUCCACGAGGGUUGCAAAGCUGCAUGCAAUGGGCCUUAUGACGGAAGGUGGAGUAAGACAAUGAUUGGUUACGGCCCCGAAGAUGACCAUUUCGUCCUUGAGCUAACCUACAACUACGGUAUUGGAAGUUACAGACACGGCAACGAUUUUAGAGGAAUUCACAUAUAUUGUCCACAGGCAUUUGAGCGAGUUAUUUCUCAAACCAACAUUCCUUUCAAACAACACACGGGCUAUGUGGAGCUGCUUGAUCCAGCUGGAUACAGGUUUUUCAUUUACAACGAGAAAUCAACUACGGAUGACCCAGUCAGGAAGCUUGAACUCUCUUGCUCUAACCUUCACCGAUCCAUAGACUAUUGGACGAACAAGUGCGGCAUGACGUUACUCGAGUCCUCGGACAAGCAUGCGGUCCUUAGCUUUGGCAAGAACCAAUGCACUUUACAGCUAACCUUAGCUGAGGAAGCCAUUGACCGUGCUCAGGCUUAUGGUAGGGUAGCCUUUUCUUGCCCUCGUGAUGCGUUAGCACCUCUUCAAGAGAAAAUGGAUUUAGAAAAAGAGAUCGUUCUCACGAGACUGGUUAGUCUAGAUACGCCGGGCAAGGCAACAGUUGAGGUCAUUAUCCUCGCUGAUCCGGAAGGUCACGAGAUCUGCUUCGUCGGCGACGAAGCCUUCCGCAGUCUCUCACAAGUGGAUCCGAAAGCCGACGAACUGCUGGAGACGGCGAUGGCCGAGGACAAGAGCGACGCCUGGUUUGACAAACGCGGUGGCAAAAAAACCCAGUAG